AUGGCUCUCUUUGCCCCUGUCGACACGGCGAACCUGAAUGGAGGGAGCGGAGACAAGAAAAGAGUAGCAUACUUCUACGAUUCAGACGUGGGGAAUUAUGCCUAUGUUGCUGGCCAUCCCAUGAAGCCGCACAGAAUUCGGAUGGCACAUAGUCUGGUCAUGAACUAUGGCAUGUACAAAAAGAUGGAGAUCUACCGGGCAAAGCCAGCCUCGAAAUUUGAGAUGACACAGUUUCAUACCGACGAGUAUGUCGAAUUCCUCCAGAAGGUCACGCCUGACAACAUGGACUCAUAUGCAAAAGAGCAAACCAAAUUCAACGUUGGUGACGACUGUCCGGUCUUUGAUGGCCUCUUCGAGUUUUGUGCGAUUAGUGCUGGUGGGAGCAUGGAGGGGGCCGCUCGGUUAAACCGUGGAAAAGCCGACGUAGCAAUCAACUGGGCAGGUGGCUUGCAUCACGCAAAGAAAAGCGAAGCAAGCGGCUUCUGUUACAUCAACGAUAUCGUUCUUGGUAUCAUUGAGCUUCUCCGAUUCAAGCAGCGGGUGCUGUAUAUCGAUAUCGACGUCCAUCAUGGAGACGGCGUUGAGGAAGCUUUCUACACAACCGAUCGUGUCAUGUGCGUGUCCUUCCACAAGUACGGCGAAUACUUUCCUGGAACAGGCGAGCUUCGAGAUAUUGGGGUUGGGCAAGGGAAAUAUUAUUCCGUCAAUUUUCCUUUAAGGGAUGGCAUUGACGAUGCAGCCUAUAAAGGAAUCUUCGAGCCCGUCAUUAAGGCUGUCAUGGAUUGGUACAGGCCGGAAGCAGUUGUUCUACAGUGUGGUGGUGACAGUCUUUCUGGUGAUCGAUUAGGAUGUUUUAAUCUGAGUAUGGAGGGACACGCUAAUUGCGUCAAUUUCGUCAAAAGCUACAACCUUCCCACUUUGAUUUUGGGCGGUGGAGGGUACACCAUGCGCAACGUAGCGCGGACUUGGGCAUUCGAGACUGGUGUGCUUGUUGGUCAAAACAUGCAAAGCGAUUUACCCUACAACGACUACUAUGAGUACUAUGCACCUGACUAUGAAUUGAAUGUUAGGGCCUCAAACAUGGACAACGCCAACUCCAAGGAAUAUUUGGAGAAGAUCCGCACUCAAGUCAUCGAAAAUCUACGGCGCACGACAUUUGCGCCUUCUGUACAGAUGACAGACGUACCUCGAGAUUCAAUGGCCAUGAACGAAGAAGAUGAAGCUGAACUCGAUGAUCUAGACGAGGAUCAGAACCCGGAUAAGCGAAAUACACAACAUCGAUUCAACAAGUAUAUUGAGAAACCUGGAGAACUGAGUGACAGUGAAGAUGAGGAGAUGAACGAAGCCAACGGCGUUCGCAAACAGCCCGGCAUUCGGAAACGAAGAAAUAGGCUGGAUUAUCGAAACUUGACGGACUGGAACGGAGACUCUGCCAUCACGAGCGGAGCAGCAACACCACAAGCUGCUUCCUCCAUACCGGAAAACGAUGUGGAUGGAGACGUCAAUGUCGAAGAUGUCGAGCCUGCAAAGACGCAAGAACAGAGCACAGCCUCGCCUGCAAAUGCUGCAAACGGUGACAUGGAUGCCUCAGUCGUACCAUCUACGAAGCCUGCGAACGAAGAGGAGGAUGUGGCCAUGGAGGAUGUUGGUAACGAAGCUGCUGAACCUCCUACAGAUACAAGUGGUACAAUCGUGGCUCAGCAUACAGCCAAUGUACAGCAAGCCGUGACUCCACCUUACUCCCCAGUCGGGUUUGCCACAACCGAAUCAUCAACAAAUGGUGAGACAUCAGGAGCAGCAGGUCCAACUAUAAAAACCGAGAUGACGGCAGAAGACGCAGCAGUAGUAGCUCAAGGCGAAGGUCUGGCCGACCGAGAAGUUCAAAACGCUGAAGGGGAAGCUGCAGCUGAACACGAUUCGAAAAUAAGCUGA